CUGUAGAUUUAUGGCUUGAUUUGAAGCACAGGUAUUAUCAUGGAGACAGAUACUAGGUUGCUGAAUUAGAAGAAGAGUUGUAUGCUAUGAAACAAGGGAAUCUAAGCAUAACAAAUUAUUUCACCAAGUUGAAGGCUAUUUGGGAAGACAUUGACGGUUUCAAACCAGUUCCACAAUGCAAGGAAUGCUCUGAAAAAUGUGACUGUGGCUUAGGAACUAUGAGAGAUUAUCGAGAUGAAACUUAUGCAGUGAGAUUUUUAAGAGGAUUGAAUAAGCAGUAUGGGACUGUGAGAUCCCAAAUCAUGCUGAUGAAGCCUCUUCCAGACAUCAAUGAAAUUUUUUCUCUACUUAUUCAGCAAGAGAGACAGUUUAAUGGAUCAGAUUUGGAGACUCAAAACUUUACAGCUUUGGCCAAUUCAAUUCAUAAUUUCAACAAUAAUUCAAGCAGUGUUUCCAGAGGAAGAGGACGAGGAAUCCGUGGAGGUAGAGGUGGAAGAGGAGGAAGAAAUUCAGCACCUAAGACCUGUUCUUAUUGUCACAAGGCAGGGCAUCUUGUGGAUACUUGUUACCACAAACAUGGAUUUCCACCUCAUCUACAGAGGCAGAAAUGGCCACGAGAGACUAGCAAUGGAGCUAUGGCCAAUAAUAUUGUUGCUGGAAUUGAAGGGAGCAGUACCAACAAUGUCAAGCAGGACAAGGAAGCUGAUGGUCAAUCCCAAUUCAAUCAGAGUUUGAGAGAUGCACUGCUUACCUUUCUUCGGCAGGAGUGUGCACAGUCUUCUCAAGGAACAAGUGUGAGAGAUGUCGAUCAAUCAAAUGCAGGAAAUGGAGAAUCGGACCUCUUUGAAGAUGAUUGGCACAGCUAGAGCAAAGCAUGGAUUAUACAUGAUGAAUUUUCCCGCAUUAGAGUUAGCACACAGGGACAACAUGGAAAAUACAACAUACAAUAGGAGUACUAGGAUUCUAGAUCCGCAAAAUCAUAGUGACAAGAUUUUACUUUCUUCUAAUCUUAGGACAGCAAAUUCGGUUACACAAACUUCAUGUUUUUCUGUUGAGAAUUUAUGGCAUUUUAGAUUGGGUCAUGUACCACAAAACAAAUUUGAUAUUAUCAAACAAAUAUAUCCUUGUGUGCAAUUUCCUAUAUCUACUUGCUCUAAACCAUGUGAUUUUUGCCAUUAUGCCAAGCAAAAACGGUUACCAUAUACCCUUAGUGAAACAACAAGUUUAAACAGUUUUGAUUUAAUACAUAUUGAUAUCUGGGGGCCAAUGUCACUUAUUUCUCUACAAGGUUAUAAAUAUUUUU